AUGACACAAUUCUUUCCUUUUAAUUCCAUCUGCAUCACAAGUAUAUUUUCCUCAGUGUCCCACCACUUGAUCCAAGAACCAUUUCCUUUAGUCCCCAUCAUAUAUUCACAAUUCUUUUUUCCACCAUUUGCCACAAUUGUAUUUUUUCAGUUCCCACCACUUGAUCCCACCACUUUUUGUCCCCCAUUCAAUUUGUUUUCCCAUUUUUCAUUCCUUACAUCUGCCUGUCACAAGUGCAUUUCCUCAGUGUCCCACCACUUGAUCCAAGAACCUUUUUCUUUCCCCAUCACUUUUGACACAAUUCUUCCCCCUUUUCAUUCCUUACAUCUGCCUGCCACAAGUGUAUUUUCCUCAGUGUCCCACCACUUGAUCCAAGAACCUUUUCCUUGUAGUCCCACCACUUUUGACACAAUUCUUUCCCUUUUAAUUCCUUACAUCUGCCUGCCACAAUCCCCACCAUUUAUGACACAAUUUUCCCCUUUUCAUUCCUUACAUCUGCCUGCCACAAGUGCAUUUUCCUCAGUGUCCCACCACUUGAUCCAAGAACCUUUUCCUUGUAGUCCCUACCACUUUUGUCACAAGUGCUUCCCUUUUUCAUUCCUUACAUCUGCCUGCCACAAUUGCAUUUUCCUCAGUUGUCCCCACCACUUGAUCCACGCACCUUUUCCUUGUAGUCCCUACCACUUUUGCCACAAUGUUUUCCUUUUUCAUUCCUUACAUCUGCCUGCCACAAUUGUAUUUUCCUCAGUGUCCCACCACUUGAUCCAAGUACCUUUUCCUUGUAGUCCCAACGACUUUUGCCACAAUGUUUUCCUUUUCAUUUCCUUACAUCUGCCUGCCACAAGUGUAUUUUCCUCAGUUCCCCAUCACUUUUGUCACAAUUCUUUCCUUUUCAUUCCUUACAUCUGCCUGCCACAAUUGUAUUUUUCCUCAGUGUCCCACCACUUGAUCCAAGAACCUUUUCCUUGUAGUCCCUAUCACUUUUCAUUCCACAAUUUUUUCCCUUUUCAUUCCUUACAUCUGCCUGCCACAAUCUUUGUCCCACCACUUGAUCCAAGAACCUUUUUCCUUGUAGUCCCAUCACUUUUGACACAAUGUUUCCCCUUUUCAUUCCUUACAUCUGCCUGCCACAAGUGCAUUUUCCUCAGUGUCCCACCACUUGAUCCAAGCACCUUUUUCCUUGUAGUCCCUACCACUUUUGUCACAAUGUUUUCCCUUUUUUCCUUACAUCUACAUCUCCUCAGUGUCCCACCACUUGAUCCAACACCUUUUUCUUUCCUCAGUGUCCCAAUGUUUUCCCUUUUCAUUCCUUACAUCUGCCUGCCACCUUUUCCUCAGUUGUCUGCCUGUCCCUACCCUGCCACAAGUGCACUUUCCUCAGUGUCCCACCACUUGAUCCAAGCACCUUUUCUUGUAGUCCCUAACACUUUUGUCCACAAUUUUUCCCCUUUUCAUUCCUUACAUCUGCCUGCCACAAUUGUAUUUUUCCUCAGUGUCCCACCACUUGAUCCAAGAACCUUUUCCUUGUAG